UAGUAGGUCAGCAUGCACACCAAAAGUGUAUUAAGGUGGACUGCUCUAUUUAUUGAUUCUCCAGGAAUCUGCUAAAGGCUCAGGGCAAUUGGCUGCCCAAGGGGCGGGAGGGCCAUACACGAUUGGGAGGGCCAUACAGAUCCAGGUCAUGCGCAUCUAGCCAAUUUGUAAGACGAUCCGCAGCCCUAAGCCAUCAGCAAUCCUUCGCAUAGGGGCACACUCAUGCAUUCCUGUCAAGUCAUCUUGUGAAAGGCAGCCGGCUUCCAGCCUGGCUUGGAUGUGCAACCUUAAUAAAACUCACUGAGGUCUGGGAGAAAAUAGCAGAUCUGCAGCAGAUAGGGUAGAGGAAAGGGUCUAGAAUAUGUACACGCAGCUGACUCAGGCAGGCUCCACGCUGAACGGUCACGCAGAGAGGAAACAAUAAAUCUCAGCUACUAUGCAAUAAAUAUCUCAAGUUUUAACGAAGGAAAAACUAUCAUUACAGUGAAAUAAAAAAAAUAACAUUUUAGAACAAAGCUAACAAAUGGCUGGUUUUCUAUGCUUCUUCAAACGCUUCCUUUGAGGGGGAAACAGUCAAACCAACAAGCAGUUUUACCUGAAAUAAAGAAACUAGUUUAAAGGUCAGAAGGAAGGAGCGAGUUUUGCAGAGGCACGGAGGCAGAGCGCUGGGAGUACAAUGACAGUUUUCCUUUCCUUUGCCUUCCUCGCUGCCAUUCUGACUCACACAGGGUGCAGCAACCAGCGCCGAAGUCCAGAACACGGAGGGAGAAGAUACAACCGGAUUCAACAUGGGCAGUGUGCCUACACUUUCAUUCUUCCAGAACACGACGGGAACUGUCGUGAGAGUACGACAGACCAGUACAACACAAACGCUCUGCAGAGGGACGCACCACACGUGGAACCGGACUUCUCUUCCCAGAAACUUCAACAUCUGGAGCAUGUGAUGGAAAAUUAUACUCAGUGGCUGCAAAAACUUGAGAAUUACAUUGUGGAAAAUACGAAGUUGGAGAUGGCCCAGAUACAGCAGAAUGCAGUUCAGAACCACACGGCCACCAUGCUCGAGAUAGGAACCAGCCUCCUGUCGCAGACCGCAGAGCAGACCCGAAAGCUGACAGAUGUUGAGACCCAGGUACUAAAUCAAACUUCUCGACUUGAAAUACAACUGCUGGAGAAUUCAUUGUCAACAUACAAGCUAGAGAAGCAACUUCUUCAACAGACAAAUGAAAUUCUGAAGAUUCAUGAGAAAAACAGUUUAUUAGAGCAUAAAAUCUUAGAAAUGGAGGGAAAGCACAAGGAAGAGUUGGACACCUUAAAGGAAGAGAAAGAGAAUCUUCAAAACUUGGUUACUCGUCAAAGCUAUAUCAUCCAGGAGCUGGAGAAACAAUUAAACAGAGCCACCACAAAUAACAGUGUCCUUCAGAAGCAGCAGCUGGAACUGAUGGACACAGUUCACAACCUCGUCAGCCUCUGCACCAAAGAAGUUUUACUAAAGGGAGGAAAAAGAGAGGAAGAGAAACCAUUUAGAGACUGUGCAGAUGUAUAUCAAGCUGGUUUUAAUAAAAGUGGAAUCUACACUAUUUAUAUUAAUAAUAUGCCAGAACCCAAAAAGGUAUUUUGCAAUAUGGAUCUUAAUGGGGGAGGCUGGACUGUAAUACAACAUCGUGAAGAUGGAAGUUUGGAUUUCCAAAGAGGCUGGAAAGAAUAUAAAAUGGGUUUUGGAAAUCCCUCUGGGGAAUACUGGCUGGGCAAUGAGUUCAUUUUUGCCUUAACGAGUCAGAGGCAGUACAUGCUGAGAAUCGAGCUGAUGGACUGGGAGGGAAACCGAGCCUAUUCCCAAUACGACAGAUUCCACAUAGGAACUGAAAAGCAGAACUACAGGUUGUAUUUAAAGGGCCACACUGGGACAGCAGGAAAACAGAGCAGCCUGAUCUUACAUGGUGCUGAUUUUAGUACUAAAGAUGCUGAUAACGACAAUUGUAUGUGCAAAUGUGCCCUGAUGCUCACGGGAGGCUGGUGGUUUGAUGCCUGUGGCCCCUCCAAUCUAAAUGGAAUGUUCUAUACUGCGGGACAAAACCAUGGAAAACUGAAUGGGAUAAAGUGGCACUACUUCAAAGGGCCCAGUUACUCCUUACGUUCCACAACUAUGAUGAUUCGACCUUUGGAUUUUUGAAAGCACAAUGUCAGAAGCAACUCUCAACCAAGAAAUCCAGAGAAGCAAUCAGACGAGAAACUGAUUGGAAGCUUCUAAGGCAGCAGUUCUCAACCUGUGGGUCGCGACCCGCUUUGUAACAAUGAAAAUGCAUCGCCGAUUAGGAAGGUUGAGAACCACUGUUCUAAGGCAAACAAUAUUGUUUCCAACAACAAGUGGUAGUUAUGUGACGUCCCCAAGGUUCUUAUCUCUGGAUUAGGAGCCUUUCGAAUUCACAAAAGUCUGCCUGGGGUCACUGUAUUCAUAUGGCUUGACUGUAGAGAUUGUCACUGUCAUGCUUUAAAAAGGGAAGAAACUGCUCAGCUUGCUGUACUUCAAACUACUACUGGAUCUUAUUUUGGAAGUAUGGUAGCCAGAUGAUAAAUAUGGGUUACUUCUUGUAAAACAGAAAAAAAAAAAAAAAAAGGAAGAAAAAAUAUACAUGAAGAAUAGUAAGACCUACCAUAAUCCUUUGAAAAAAGAUGUAUUACAUCAGCCAGAGGUGGUGUAUCUUUGCAAACCUACAAACAAUAAGUGUAUACUGUUGCACAAUUGUAGUAAAAGUUCAAGAAAAACAUAAUUGCCCUCUGAGUUUGCUAAAUGUCAAUGGAUUUCAAAAAUCUAAUUCCAAUAUUACACUUUGUAGUUGAUUUCAGUUUACCCGUCCUCAAAUGUAAAUUCCAUUUUUGUAAGCCAUAAUGAAUUAUAGAAUGUGGAGAAUAACAGUGUGAGAUAAAAACGAAUUCCAUUACUUUUUGAUUUUUGUGAUAUGUUUUUCAGAAAAAAAUGGAUACUAUCAAAUAAGGACAUAGGAAGCAAAAAAUUACACCCUACCUAGCUAUGGUUUAUAUUAUUCUAAAAACUGACUGAUAUAUAAAUAUAUUUAUAGCCUGCGUAAAGUUUAAAGAAUGUGAAAUAUAUCAAGUUCUUGAAAUAAUAUACAUACAUUCAAUAUUUCCUUUGAUAUACAGGAAAGCAGUAUUUCAGAGUGUAUUCAGCUGGAGUAAAACCACGUAAACUGGAGCAGUUCAUUUUACACUAUCUUCUUGCAUGUGUAUACAUAUGUUUAAAUUCAUUAUUUGAAAACCUGUUUAGAACUUUGAUUCUUUACCCAGUUAUUUCUUCCUAAUUUAAAUUUUGCUAAUUAACUGAAACGUGCUUACCAGAUUUACACUGUUCCAGUUUCUGUAGAUGUUUUGAAGUCUAUGAAAAUAGAAGAAUUAUAAAUAUCAUUGUACAUAGAAUGUUUAUAUCCAUGAUAAGCCUAAGCUGUUUAAUGUGUUGCAAAUAAAGAUAAGUGUUCAAAGAAAUCUACAAUAUUACUUAAUGAAAUAAAUUGUUCCUCGUGUUUUGCUCCUUUGAGCUGUUUCCUUAGGCAAUUUAUAAUUUUUAAAAAUGAUUAGUGGAGGAAAUUGUCAAAACUUACUAUAUUAUAUGUGAAACACACAAAAAAGAUCACUAAUCAUAGUCACCUGAGUAACAGAAAUUCUGACUUCUAGCUGCUCUAAAUCACUUAAUAAAAAUAUUCCUAUGGGAUAAUCUACUUUAAAUGAAUUUUGGGGCACAGAUUUUUGUGGCAACUUGAAGUUACUACGGUAUUUUAUCAAAAAGUGCCCUCUGCUUCUAAGUAUCCAAAGUUCCAAUAGUAAACAGUUUUUAUAAAAACAUGAGUUACUAUGGGAUGAGAAAAUUGAGACAGGUAUUGGUCUCCUUUCUUAGAAAAGAAAUAAAUUGUUUUCAAGGUAACAAUACCAAUUGUGAGGUUGGCGACUUGAUACACUAUGCCCUAGCAACUUUCCUCCAUUUGAGAGAAUGAAGCUUUACACUUUUUUAGGAAAAUAUUUUUUUAAAGUUUACCAUCAAGCCUUUUGUAUAUUUAUGUUUGUAUACAACCUCUUCUUGCCUUGCAAGUGAUAUUUGCAGGCGUUCUACAGUUUUUCUAUUCUUAGUGGUUCUUUCAUAGCACAGUUAAGCCUCUUUCUCUAAAACCUACUCAGUUGUUUUCAUUUAAGGGAAAGAAAAUGAGUGUUUUGUUCUUUUGUGUUCCUACAGAUUUUUUUUUUUAACCAGUCUUGGAUAAGGAAUACUAUCUAUAAACUCAUGUUACAAAAAUAAAACGAAAUAACAAAUAAAAAAAGACAGCAUGAUAUUUACUGUUUUGUUAUCUGGAUUUGAAAAAUGAUAUAUUGUUUUCAAUUAUUUAUAAUAAAGCA